GUUGAGUUUAGUCGUGCGACGAACGUCAAAGCGGUACGAGUGAUCGAGAGAGAGAGACACGUUCGCGGCGUGUUCAAAUUUCUUCCGCGUUGUGUAUUACGAUCAGCGUGAGUGGAAUAUUCUUAAAGGGGGUUGGCUGAGGUGGGGGGGGUUAGUGGUGUACCUUCUCUCCCACUUGCUCUCUCUUUCUCUCUCUCUCUCUCACUCAUCGUUCACCUAAUGUAAGUCCAACCAACCCUACGACUUACCGAACUCCCUCCCCUCCUCUCAAUUCCCUACUCACAACCCCCAAACUACCCGGUCGGUACCGCGCGUGCGUGCGUGCGUGCGUUCGCGUUCGCGUUCAUUCGUUCGCGUUCGUUCGUUCGUUCGUCGGGUGCUUUCUGACAGGAGGUAACGUUGCUGGAGAGCAACAGGACGAAUAAGAGAGAGAGAGAGAGAGAGAGAGAGAGAGAGAGAGAGGAAGAGAGGGAGAAUUAGAUAUCUAUCCAUCGGUUCGUAUACAUGGAUAGUAGAUGGAUGGAUAAAUGGAUGGAUUGAUGGACAGAUAGAGGAAUUAUUGUGAACCGGUUUCAUGCGUGUCGUCUACUUGGUUAAUGUUCACCUCAAGGAUCGGUUUUCCACGUUGAGAAGGAAACCGGCAAACGACAAAGGACAAUCGUAAACUAUAAAGCAAACACCCGAUGCUUUGUUUAAAGACUGUAAUUAAAGAAGAAUAAACCUUUUUAUAAGAUAAAGAAAGGAAAAGAAGGAAAGAAGAAGAAGAAGAAGGAUCGUAUAUCGAUUUUUGCAUAAGAAGAUUGUGGACUUUGUUUCUGAUAUCCUGACAAGUUACUUUGGUUGGUUUCUGUUCGAAGGACUACAAAGGAAAGAAGAUCCUAUUUCUUGCACGUGAUAUAACUUCCUAAACCGAUAAAGGUUGUUGCAAAACGUGUGCCACCAUGUGUGUCAGGUGAUCAUCGAAUCAAAAGGGAGUUCGAGGUAGAAAAUUCCCAUGUGCGUUCGUAGUAACCGUGGAAGGCCACCACGGUCGAAAAAAGAGAAGGAGGAGCAUGACGUAGUAAUCGGCGAGGGGGGCCCUUGGGAUGCUCCUGACUUUUGGUUAGGGUCGUAUGGAGGGGAAGGACGAGACAAACCCGGAAGAAACUCUAUUUUUCAAUCUAAACACCACCACCACCGUCGACACCAACGACACCAAAGAUUUAUUUCUAACAUUUCCUGGCAAGAAUUCACCCUACACGCUACUUCAGGCAAUAAUAAUCACUUUGGUGCUGGUAAGCAUCAUCAUUGGCACUGUCAUCGGAAACAUCCUGGUUUGUGUCGCGGUGAUCCUCGUUAAGAAACUACGACGACCUUGCAACUUCCUUUUGGUUAGCCUAGCCGUCAGUGAUCUCUGCGUGGCACUUCUGGUAAUGCCGAUGGCAUUACUAUACGAGAUUUCACAUAAUUGGACAUUCGGACAAGCUAUAUGUGAUCUAUGGGUUAGCUUCGAUGUACUUAGUUGUACAGCCAGUAUUCUCAAUCUGUGUAUGAUAUCUCUCGAUCGGUACUGGGCGAUCACGAAACCUCUGAAAUACGGCGUUAAGAGGACACCUACACGGAUGACGAUCUACGUGCUACUAGUUUGGUUGGUAGCAGCUUGCGUUAGUCUGACGCCAUUAUUGUUUAUCGAAAACGCUUAUUCCUACUCGGAAACUGGACCCUCGCAUUGUACGGUCUGCCAAAAUUUCUAUUAUCAGAUCUACGCAACUGUCCUCAGUUUCUACGUACCGCUAACAGUCAUGAUAAUGGUAUACUACAGAAUAUUCCGUGCAGCACGUAAGAUAGUUCGCGAGGAGAGAAAUGCUCAAAGGCACUUGGAAACCCAGUAUUAUCUGAAUAUCGAACCACCUGUACAACAACAUCAGACGACACCUACAAUAAAUCGUCAAUUUAAUUCGGACCUACCAACGAAUCAUGGAAGUCCACCAAUCAAACAACACAGAAGUUCUAGUGCUUCAACAACGAUACGAUCAAAAGCUUGUGGCGAGAGGCAGGAAAAUAAUAAACCGUGUAGCGGUAACGCAGUGAGAUGUUUCGCCGGUGGUCCACGUAAAAGCAACGAGUCACAGUGUCCAAUGUUGCAAAAACCAAUAUUGUCAUCAUCGACGACAACGAUGACACCGUCUAUAACGACGAUGUCAAAACCAACGGUGAUAAGAAAUCAUUUGAAUAGUACGUGCAGCGUGACUAAUUCACCGCAUCACAAAAAAUUAAAGUUCCAUUUGGCAAAGGAACGUAAAGCCAGUACAACAUUGGGAAUCAUAAUGAGCGCGUUUAUCAUCUGUUGGUUACCAUUUUUCGUCUUGGCAUUGAUAAGGGCAUUUUUAACAGACCCCGAAUCUGUACCAUCAUUUUUGUCGAGUCUUUUCCUGUGGUUGGGUUAUUGCAAUAGCCUAUUAAAUCCAAUUAUUUACGUAACAUUGACCAGAGACUUUCGCAAACCAUUCCGUGAAAUACUUUGCUUCCGUUGCAGCAGCUUAAAUCACAUGAUGCGUGAAGAAUUUUAUCAAAGUCAGUACGGGGAUCCUGUUAACAAUUAUGAGAUCAAACCAGGUGAAACAGAAAGCGGUGAUAGAUUGGACGAUCAAGGAGUAGUAGAAGCCAUUGACGUAGUAGCCAACACUCCUAAUGAGAGCUUCCUGUGAUCCCAGUGAAUUCUUAUUUUUCGUUGACUAGACGAAAUUUGUUUCUCGAGCUUCCUAACUUCUUCUUCUUCUUCUUUUUCUUCUUCUUCUUCUUCUACUUUUUCUUUUUCUUUUUUUUCUUUUUUUUUUUGUGAAUCUUUUUAUUCAAUAGAAUGACGACUAAAAAAGUCCUUCUUUUCAACUUUUUUAUCCAAUAUCGAUAAUCGAUUUUUAUUUUUUUUUUUUUUUUUAAGGAGGAUUAACAUU